AUGAACAAGGACAUAAUUUUCCUAAUACUAAAAGAACUUCAAGAUGACAGAAAAUCCCUUUAUUCGUGUCUUUUAGCAAAUAAAAUUUGGUGUGAAACAACAGUACCAUUUUUAUGGAAACUUGCUGGAAGGUAUAAACCAACAAAAAAUGCAAUGGAAAUAUUAUUUAAUGUAAUACUUUCGCAUUUAUCUGAAGAAUCAAAGAAUAUUUUGAAGGUUCAAGUAAUUGAUCUCUUUAUAAAAGUAUAUAAACGACCUUCAUUUAAUUAUAUUUAUUACUGGAGAUAUUUAAAUUUAUAUCUUUUAGAAUUUAUGAUUCAUUCUAAGAAAGUUGAAGAAUUCAAAAUAACUAUUAUGAGGAAUGAAAUUUUAAAAUUAUUCAUUAAUAAGAAUACAAAAUUCAUUGGUCUUUAUAUACCACAAAAUUUUAGUUAUCCAAUACAUCUUAUUUUUGGAGCUGAAUAUUGUUUAUCAACAAUUGAAUAUUUGAGCUGUGAUGCAAAUACAAAUCAAAGUAUUUUAAAAGGAUUAUCUAAAAUAUGCAAAUCAAUUAAAAAAUUGAGAUUUGAUAUUAUUCAAGAUUUUAAAAUGGUUGAAUUAAUUAAAGCUCAAAAAAAUCUCAAUGAUAUUUAUAUGAGUUGUUAUUCAUAUUUAAGAGACGAACUAUAUUGUAAUAAUCUUGAAGAAUCACUUAUUAAAAAUUCAGAUACAAUUCAAUAUCUAAGAAUAGAUUGGACUCCUAUUACACAAACUCUUUCAUUACUUACACAUAUGAUAAAUCCGGAUCCGUCAGCUCAUUUAGGAGCUCCUAUUUUUUCACUUUUAAGAGAAAGACAAGUUUCUUUUAAAAUUCUAAAAAGUUUAAUUGAAAAUACAAAAGGAAAUCUUACUGAAAUUAGUAUUUAUUAUUAUGAUAAGAAUGAUAAUAGGAUGCUUAUAAAAUCAAUUUAUCAAAAUUGUCCAUUACUUAGAUAUCUUAAAUUGUUAAUUCACAAUGAUAUUAUUUCAGAGUUAGAAAUGUUAUUAACUAAUUGCCAAUAUUUAAAUGGAUUAGUUAUAAUAAUAUUAGAAAAUGGAUUUGAUUGGAAUAAUUUAUUUAAAAUAUUAAUCAGAUCAUCACCAACUAGUUUGUUUAAAUUUAAAUUUUCAUCAUAUGGACUUAAAUUGGAAUCUUUAAAAUUACUUCUUGAUAGUUGGAAAGGGAGACAUCCUAUGUUAUUACAAAUCAUUCCAUAUUGUAAUUUUACAAUAAUGUUACCACAAAAAUUACAUCAUCAGCUACAAAUAGGUUGUUUAAUCAAAGAUUAUGAAGCAAACGGAACAAUUGAAAAAUAUGACGUAGAUUGGUAUGGCCAAGAUUUUGAAGAUUUUAAAUGGGUUCAAGGUGAAUCCAUUACUUAUUUUAAUUAA